AUGAGUGGCUACCAAGACAUGUACAACUCUUCGUCUUCUUCCCGCUCCCCCGGCUCCCACCGUCACCCGCCGCAACAGCUUCGUCGUCAGCACUCGCGCCAGUUCGACGCCUACGGGCCCAUGUCCUCUACCCUCUACGAAGAACCACCGCUCGGCCGCUACGACACAAACCCGCUAGAUAGGUUAAACUCUACCAUGCCUAGUAACUCCUACCAGUACGAUAUAUCCGGUGCUCAGACGUGGAAUGCAAACGGUGUCAGCUCGCAUGGCUUGGGCGGGUUGGGAGUGAAUUCUGCCACUGCUACAUCGAGGAUGAGGAAUGUUCGUUCACGCACCGCGCUUCCCACUACCUGGUUGGACCAGCAGAACAGUCUUCCCAGCUCCUUCUCUCUAGCUCCCGGGCAGCACCAGCAAUCUCCCCAAAUCCGCGCGGAAAACAGCCAUGAUCCGGAAGAUGAGCUCAUACCAACCGCUAUUGUUAUCAAAAAUAUCCCGUUCGCGGUGAAGAAAGAGCAGCUGAUACAGCUCAUGACCGAGAUGAACCUACCGCUUCCAUAUGCGUUCAACUACCACUUUGAUAACGGCGUCUUCCGUGGUUUGGCCUUUGCAAACUUUACCUCCGCCGAGGAGACGGCUACCGUGAUCGAGCUAUUGAACCAUUUUGAACUGCAGGGCAGGAAAUUGAGGGUUGAGUAUAAGAAGAUGCUACCCGCGCAGGAACGUGAGAGGAUCGAGAGAGAGAAACGUGAACGUAGAGGUCAGCUUGAGGAACAGCAUAGGCCGAUGGCCAGCUCGCAGCUGCAACAUCAGACUUCUAUGUCUUCGUUGGCCUCACACUUGCCAGCUACCUCUCCUUCGCCUGUCUCCCAACGUGCAGAGGUCGACAUGAAUGAUGCACAGACGCUGCAGUACUACUCGCAGCUCCUUCUAUUUAAACAAGAUCUCAGCAAAGAAGCUCUCAUCUUCGGCACAAAUCUCACUCCCGCCCAGCGCCGCAUAGUACAUACUAUCUCCCAUAACAUGGGUCUCGCCCAUACAUCCCGCGGAACUGGCGAACAGCGCCAGGUCCAUGUUUACCGCGCUGGGCCAGGCACAAACGUCAGCCCUCCAGUCCCCGCCAUUCCAUCAACUGUCACUUCUGACGCUGCUCGCCGUGGACUCUCACGCGCUGCUACUAUUGAUUUUGGUGAAUCUCGCCAUGAACAACAAGCAUAUGGCAGCGGCAUGCGCCAGUCCUCUUUUCUAAAUGUCUUAGACUCGCCGGGACCAGGCGGGUACGCUAACGCCCAGAACCUUCGUGCUGCGAAAUCCUUCGCAGAUCUGCGUUCAUUCACGCCUUCGCCCGUUCCAUCCUCCGCUAGCUUCCCUGCCGCUUUACAGACCAACGGAGCUCGCUUCCAGCAACAGCAGCAAGCAUACGAUGUAGGAACAAGUGGUGCUUCCAACACCCCUACCUUGACGCCCACUCCAUCUGGCUCUUCUCUCGGCAUGCAGCGUGUAGAUGACAAUCUCCUUGUCAACAGCCUAGGCGGCCUAUCAUUAGGCACCUCGGUUACAGGUCCAUCAGGUUCUCCCCGUCGCACCCGCGGCAUCUGGGAUGCCUCCGAUCUUCCCACGUCGGGGGCGGGAUCGAACAACGGUUCCGGAUCCACCGCCGGCGCAAUCGGAUCCAACCGUGCUAUCGGUCUUGGAUUUGAUACCCAAAACCAGAGCCAGGAACGACUUCCUAUGCCCAUGAGACAACCCAGAGGCCCAGCUCCAGAACGAGGUACAGGAUUUCGCCGUCAAAACGGGCACCAGCAACGCGGCAGUGAUGAGCUAAGAAGCAAUCCUGGCGUGGAGAUUAUUGUUGAGUAA